AUGCGGAGAAUCGGCGCCGCAGAUCGGUUCGUGAGAAACGGGCUUUGGCCCGAGAAAGAAAUCUAUCCUCUUGGGUACAGGUUAGCAGGCAAGCGAGUUGGAAUUGUGGGCUUAGGCAACAUAGGACUUGAGGUCGCGAAACGACUCAAUUCAUUUGGCUGCCGCAUUUUGUACCACUCGAGAAACAAGAAGCCCUCCAUCCCGUACGCAUUCUAUCCGGACAUCCUCAAACUAGCUGCCGAAUCUGAUGCACUCGUCAUAUGUUGCGCGCUAACCGAGCAAACUCGACACUUGAUCAACCGAGACGUGCUCCUGGCUCUGGGUAAGGAGGGUUUUAUCGUAAAUAUUGCGCGUGGGCCCGUGAUUGACGAGAAGGAAUUGGUGGCUUGCUUGCAAGCGGGUGAGAUUGGUGGGGCCGGGUUGGAUGUGUUUGAAAACGAGCCUCAUGUCCCGAACGAGUUUUUGGAGCUCGACAAUGUUGUCAUGACGCCGCAUGUUGGUGUCUACACUGGGGAGUCGUUGCGGAAAACGUUUGAGAUCGUAUGGGGGAAUUUGGAGGCGUUUUUCGACAAUAAGCCUUUGAUCACUCCAGUUAUUAUGGAGUGA